AUGGUGCGCAUGCAUAAGAUGGACCACGCGGGCGUGCGCGCGUCGACCGUCGAGAAGUACGAAAAGGGCGUCGCGGCCUCCGAGGCCGCGCCGGCGCUGAGCCGCGUGAACCCGGACCAGGAGCUGCGGAUCCGCGCGGAUCCCAGCGGCCAGAAGCCCUACGAGUACGUCGCCGUCGACAAGCCCAAGGAGGGCGGCAAGUUCGCGCGCGCGAUGCAGGACGACGGCUGGCGCGCGAACAAGGCCAUGCACAAGCGCGCGCCGGAGAUGCGGAAGCGGCGCGAGUCGUCGGUGAUCGGUUUUUUACGCAUGCGAUCCAAGGCCGACGCCGCGGGGAAGAAGUCGAAGGGCCGCUACGAGAAGCGCGAGGCCGUCGGGUUACGCGCGAAGUGGGGCAAGGACGCGGGCGUCGCCGGCGCCAUCGACCUCACGGACGCGCGGCUGAAGCUCGGGUCCGAGGCGGACGAAGCGCACCCGGACGACCGGGGCGAGGGCGGCCGCGCCUUCGUCUACAAGGGUCCCUACCGGACGUGCUGGCCGACGAUGGUCCCGCGCGAGCACCAGAGCAAGGAAUUCAAGAAGCUGCACCACGCGCUGGCGGAGACGAACGACGGCUCGCAGCCCCUCGUGGGCUACAGCUGGCGCGAGGUCCGCGAACUGCUGGAGCGGGAGGACGCGCGGCACGCGGCGGCCCGGCCGCGGCCGGACCCGGGCCACAGCGACCUGCACGCGCUCUGCUGGCGCGGCGACAUCGAGCUGGCCACGCGGGAGCUCGACCGGGCGCGGGACCCGCGGGCGCUGGCGCGCGCGCGGAACGCGCAGGGCCGGACGCCCGCGCACCUGCUCUGCGCGGGCUCGCGGCCCUUUUUUUCCGGCGCGUCCGGGCGCAGCCGGCUCCUGCGGCUCCUCGUCGGCGCGGGCGCGGACGUCAACGCGGCGGACUGCCGCACGGACACGGUGCUCCACGCCGCGUGCCGGGCCGGCGACCCCCUGCUCGUGCGCACGCUCCUCCGAGCGGGCGCGGACGAGCGCGCCGCGGACUGCCGGGGCCGGCUCCCGACGCAGGUCGCCGGCGAGACCCACGCGCCGGGGCCGCCCAUCGCCGACGUCGUCGCCGACGCCGUCGGCCCCGCGCGGGCGUCCGCGCUCCGGCUGCGCCUCUUCGCCGCGGACGCGGUCGUCGCCUGGGUCGCGACCGCCGUGGGCCGCAACCGGCCCUACCGGCCCUACUCCUACUACCUCUACCGCGAGGGCAAGUUCCCCCGCGCCAACUCCGUGCGGCCCCAGGAGAAGAAGAGCAAGCCCAAGGACGUCUACCAGACGGGCGGGCUCCGCGCGAAGAAGGGCCACCCGGGCGGGCGGACGUCCUGGGCCGGGUAA